AUUUUGAUCUUAUCGAACAUUAAUAUAGUGAGUACACCAAUCUACAGUACAUCAGAUACCUAAUCAUUCCUCUAGCUCGUCAAUUCUCAACCGUCUGUCUGUACUAGAUUUUAUUAAACCCACUUACCACUACUCAUCAUCACUCCUUCAUUCAAUAAUGGCACCAAGACGACCAGAUAAGAAACCAAGAAGGAGGCCAGGGUUAUCUCGAGCGGUCGGUGGCUCAUCAAAACCCGUCGCUCCCCAAGCCCUUGUCAAGACGGCCGAGCAUCAACUCGAGGAGGGCAAUAUCCAAGAAGCCCUUGACUUAGCCUGCAAGGCGCUGGAAUAUUCAGACGCCGGCUCGGAUGACGAGUUAGCAUCCGUUAAUUUCCUCGGCCAGAUCCACCUAGACCUCGGCGAGUUCGAGGCGGCACGAUCAUACUUCAUGCGCGCUGUCGCGCUAGACGAGGAUGGAUCCAAAGAUGAGAAAAUCGGUGGUGGGCCGGAGAAGUUCCUGUGUCUGGCGCAGCUGAGCGAGGAGGGCGGUGCCGACAGUGUCUCGUGGUUCGAGCAGGGCGCGGCGGCGCUGAAGGAGCAGAUUCAGAACCUCGAGGAAGUCAGACGGAAAACCACCGAGCAAGAGUUGCAGAUUGGCGAGUUCAAGAGGAAACUCGCCAUGACGCUAUGCUCUAUCGCGGAGGUAUACAUGACGGACCUCUCUUGGGAGGAGGAUGCAGAACAGCGAUGCGAAGCCCUGAUCACGGAGGCGACGAUGGUGGCGCCAGAAUUUGCUGAGACCUGGCAGACGUUGGCGAAUUGUCGCAUUUCGCAGUCGAGGUUUGACGACGCCAAGGCAGCGUUGACCAGAAGUCUCGAGCUAUGGAUAGAGCUACCUCCGGAAGACCCUGCUGUACCCGAUUUCCCAAGUCGAGUCGCUCUCGCAAGAUUGCUCAUGGAGGUGGAGAUGGAGCAGAAAGCUAUCGAAGUGCUCGAGCGACUGGUUGGUGAGGAUGACGAGAGUGUUGAGGUUUGGUAUUUGGGCGGUUGGGGUCUGUACGUCAUGGGCGAGAAGCAAAAGGCGGGCGAUUCCAAGGAGGAGGAUUGGAAGGCGUCGUGGAUAUCCAGCCGUGUGUGGCUCAAUCAGUGCCAGCACCUAUACAAACUACAAGACUACGAAGACGAACCGCUAGGAGAGCAUGCGCAAGAACUUCUUGGUCUCAUCGCUCAAGAGUUGGGAGAGGCGCCAGCUGGCGAGGAGGAUGGAGAGGACGAGGACUGGGAGGAUGCCGAUGAUAGUGAUGAGGAAAUGAAGGGCUAGUUCUCUACGUGAUAAUGAAAGGGUUUAAUUAUAGAUGGAAGAUACCACAUGAUCUCUUCUAGGGAUCCUGCUUGUUCCGGCACAGGGAAAGGGUGGCGUUGGAGAUUUUAAAAAAAGGGGGCGGAUGCUUUCAUCAUGAUCA